AUGCAAGGUAAUGAUUUUGAAUGUGACUGCUAUCUAGCAUGGAUGCACAAACUACGCCACGAAGCGAAAAGCAUCAGAGUGAGAACAUCAUUAGAGAAUUUCGUUUGCAAACUCAACUCGGACCCAGUGAUGAAUUCCCACCUGAUGUUUUACGAAAAAAGUGAGAUUGGCUACAACGACUUUUUUCUAGACGAUAAAAAUCAAAUUAGAGAUUACAAAGAUAACACAGAAGACUCGAUUCAAGAUGAACUGGACGAGGAGUUCGUUGAUGAGCCGAAAUUGAUGAAGAAAGAAAAUGAGAAGACUCUGUUGCAAAUUCCCGUUGAGCUGUUACCGUGUCCCGCAGUUGUGAAAAGUGUUACCGACCGAACGUACACUUAUCCAUCACAAAAUGAGGCGAAGGACUACAGGAAUUUGAUACUUACAUCUCAAACCUCGAAAAUGUCUGCAACGUUAACUAUGCUUACAUUCGCCUUCGUUUUAUAUCAA